UUGACCUGUUAGUGGGUGGAGUGGAUGAGUAAUACACACAGGUAAAGGUGUGCGUCAGUGCGUUCUCAUCUAGUCUACUAUGCACUAACCUUCGGACCCCUCAACAUAUUUUGCAACACAUCUGUUAUGGAUUUAACACGAAAUACUAAUCCAGACAGGAUCAUGUUGAAGAAAACGCAAGGAUCGGCCAACGUGGACGCGUCGCGCAUUCUUGUGAAGGGGCCCGAGUAUUUGAGGAGACAGAUGGAGCGAGAAAGCGAGGCGAUUAAAGGACGUGUCAGUGCGGUGGAGAGACUGGCAGCCACUAAACCUCAAUAUGUAAAAAGCCAACAAGUUGUCAGCAUCGGGUCUGCCUCCGUGAGCAGCCGAGGGUCCUCAAACGGGCACGGUUCCGUUAAUAACGCCGCUCAUGUUGAGGUUGAGGAUAUACAGUCGCCUGAAGAAGAUAAUAAUGUGGUGAGACGGAGCAGCUCGAAGAAACGAGACUCGAUUUUAUUAUACAGACAGAAGUGUGAACUCUUGAGAGGAUCGCCUGGCGGGAGUAGGAGAUUAAUGAAAAAGUCGUUAUUCGCUAUUAAAGACAAGACAAACGCGUUUUCUGAGGCGCGUGGUGGUGCAUGCGCCACACGCAGGGACUGCGGGAAAGAGGCCACUCGGGUAAAUGUACCGUUCUCACACGGUCACAAGGACGAGACUAGUGAUGUACCGAGAGGACCUCCUCACAGGAUAGUCGCAGAAAUCCAGGAGCAGGAUCGCAAGAGCCGGAGGGGGGUGGCGCGCUCCAGGUCUGACAUCAGUUCGCGCUACUCGAAAAACUUCGCGGACUUCGACGCGUUCUUCAAAUUCUGCGGCCUCGAGGGUGACGUCAUCGAGUCCCUGGGCAGAGAGAAGUUCUCCGCGCGCUCGGACGACCUCAGCUCCCAAACCCGGAGUAUCAGCGUCUCGACGUCAGACGGCGGAAUCUCGAGGAGCAGCGACGGCCUGCAGGAAGGGGAAUUGCAGGAGACCGUGCGUCAAGGGUCGUCAGUUGUCGAGCGCAACGCUCGGAUCAUCAAGUGGCUCUACAGUUGCAGAAAUGCCGCGGAGUCGGGAAAGACGCUUCGAGAUCUGGAUUAACUAUGGUCAUGUUAAAAGUGCUGUUACAGAUAUGUACUGAAAAAAAUCAGUAGGCUACUAUUGACACAGUCACCAUCUAACUAGGUUAUUCACCUGGAUACGUAUUCCACUAUUAUCUACCUAAAUAUCGUGUUACUUGAUUUGACAAUGUAUUAAAAGUCAGAUUUUAAAAAAAUAGCAUUUAGUUGCUUUCAUUUUUGUUGUUGUUGUGUUAUGGGAAAGCUGCCUUUGCGCUUGAAUUUAUGAAUACAGUAUAGUUUAGAGAGACAAAUGAUGUUCGAGCCAAACAGAUCAUCAUGGAAUGCAGAAGGUAGCACCUGGUCCGAUGGAAAGAUAUGGCUUCAAACAAACACUUCUGUCCAUUGUUGCACAACAGCAGAAGCUGUGAACAAAGUGCAAGUAUUCACACCCAGUCUGGGUGUAUUUAAUUUGUGUCACUACUGUCACAUAAGUGCAAAGGUGUCUGUUUAUUCAGACUGACUGCUGACUGUCUAGCCAUAUCUUCUCUGACUCAUUGUUCUUUGCAAAUAUGAAAUGGUAUUUUAAGUAACUUGAUAAAUUGUGUGCAUUGUUGAAUCAAACAACUAGGCAUUCUAUGCCAAAAUACUAUUUAAAUGUGAUUUAUGUAUCAGUCAAAAUCAUCUUACCUUUCUAACUCUUUUACUGUUACCUAAGAGUGUAUGCAGUUUACAAUUUGUGAUAGAUAGAUCAAGAUAGAUCAAGACGCAGACAAUGGCCCAAAUAUAUAUGACCAUAUAUGCAUAUUUACAAUAAUAAAAAAAGAACUCAGAUGUUACUUAACUAAACUUAGUGCUUAUUUUCAUCAAGUUGCACAUGACUGAAGAUUUAGCAACAUAUAUGCCAUAUAUUUGUAAUUUUUUCAUUGAAUGCAGUGUUUUCACAUGCGCACAAAAACUUGCCCCUCUGGCCUCUCAAAUGCAGACUGUGGCAGGUUAGAUCUCGCAGAGGGAGUGCUCGUGGCCUUUACACUACUUUAAGUAAAUUUUUGGAAAUGCAAGCUUUUUUAGCCUCCAGCUGUGGACGCAUGUCAAAAUAUUUCUAAUUUUUACGGUCUUAUGAGUUUUUGGCAUUUGUUUCUUAUGAUAAUUAUGAAGUAAGAAACAAUUUAAUGCUGAUGUCCAUUCUUUACAGAUAGUAUAAAAUACAGAUAGUUUCAGGUGUCAAGAAGACUUACUUGCACAUUAUUGGCAAUAAACACACAUCUAAGUUACCAUAAAUG